CGUCUUCCUGCAAGUUAGGGUACCGACUCUACUCAUGGAUGAGAGAUAGAGUUCAGCGACAAAAAUCAGCACACAACAGUGAAUCCCGUAUAACACUUGUUUUGCUCCAGAAAUCCCACUGCGAUUAUUAUCAAAAUAAGAAAUGAUUUCGACGGAUGACGGCAGGUGUCUAUAAGAAAACCUGGUGACUUCAGGGCAUCGCCUCUGGUGACGAUGAGAUUUUGAAUGGAGUUACAAAACCAGGUGGCGCAUGCGGUUCACGUCCUGAAUCACGAUGCUCAAUCUUGCAAUCGCGUCUCUGCUAAUCAGUGGCUGGUUCAGUUCCAGCAGACAGAUGCCGCUUGGGAGAUCGCCACCUCAAUUCUGACCUCUGACCAUCCUAAGCCAUACGUUUCCGACUUGGAAGUUGAGUUCUUCGCUGCUCAAGUUCUUAAGCGAAAGAUCCAAAAUGAAGGACAUUGUCUACAACUGGAAGCAAAGGAAUCUCUUGUUAAUGCUCUCCUUCUGGCUGCUAAAAGAUUUAGUUUGGGCCCUCCCCAGCUCUUAACACAAAUUUGCCUGGCUCUAUGCACUCUCAUACUUCAUGCUGUGGAAUACCACAAACCAAUUGAGAAGCUAUUUUACAGUCUUCAGAAUCUUCAAGGUCAGAAUGAUGGCAAUAUUGCUGUUUUAGAAAUGCUCACAGUCUUACCUGAAGUUGUUGAAGAUGAAUCUGCUACUUAUAAGACCAAGUCUGGUCAUAGAGUUGACUAUGGUCCAGAGCUACUCUCACAUACAUCACCAGUGCUAGAGUUUCUACUCCAGCAGUCGAAGGAAAGCUUUGAUGGUGUGAUUCAGUUACAUGACAGAAGCAGAAAGAUACUGCGUUGUUUGUUAAGUUGGAUUCGAGCAGGAUGCUUCUCAGAAAUCUUACCAGUCUCUUUACUAGCCCAUCCCCUUCUUAGUUUUGUUUUCAACUCCGUGCAGGUUUUGUCCUCAUUUGAUUUGGCAAUUGAGGUUCUCAUUGAGCUCGUUAGUCGACAUGAGGGACUGCCACAAGUUCUUAUAUUGAAGGUAGGGUUUCUUAAAGAUGUUCUUCUUCGAGCUUUUAGUAGUGGAGAUGAGAAAGUAAUUAGUGGUCUUGCAUGCUUGAUGUCAGAGAUUGGUCAGGCUGCUCCAAGCUUGAUUAUAGAAGCCAAUCCCGAAGCCCUUGUCCUGGUGGAUGCACUUUUGAGUUGUGUAUUGUUUCCAAGUCAAGAUUGGGAGAUUGCAGACUCAACUUUGCAGUUUUGGUGUAGUCUUGCUAGCAAUAUUGUCCGAAUGGAAGAUGAGCUGACAGAAAAUAGCAAACAUGUCAAAGAUGUUUUUUCUCCAGUAUUUUUAGCAUUGCUUGAUGCUCUUCUGAGUCGUUCUCAGGUGGAUGACUCAACAUAUGGUGAUACUGCAACAAGGGAGUUGCCAGAUGGGCUUGCUCAGUUUAGAUUAAAUUUAGUUGAGCUUUUGGUGGACAUUUGCCAGCUUUUGAAGUCUGCUGUGUUUUUGCAAAAGAUUUUUUUCGGUGGUUGGUUGUCUUCAAACGUGCAAAUUCCAUGGAAGGAGGUGGAAACCAGAAUGUCUGCUCUUAAUGUGGUUGCUGAUGUAGUACUACAAGAAGGUCAAACAUUUGAUCUCUCCAUGGUUUUGCACUUGGUGACAAUUUUAUGUGACAGGGAAUCAUAUGAACCAAAAGGCUUUAUGUGCAUUGUACAUAGAUCACUUGUAGAUGUUAUUGGUUCCUAUUCAAAGUGGAUGUCUUCUUAUGUGACUAAUGCCAGGCCAUUACUUUUAUUUUUUGCAGCUGGUAUGUCAGAACCUUUAUGCUCGCAUGCUUGUGCAACUGCCUUUAGAAAGUUCUGUGAAGAUGCUACUGCAGUUAUGCACAAACCUUCAAGUUUAGAAAUGUUAAUGUGGAUCGGAGAGGGAUUGGAAAAGAGACACUUACCUUUAGAGGACGAGGCAGAUGUUAUUGGUGCUGUUACUUUGAUACUUGCUCACCUUCCUAACACCGACUUAAGGAACAAUUUGUUGCUUAAGUUGCUUUCUCCUAGCUUUGAAUCUAUUGGAAAACUUAUUGAUGGGGAUCAUGUCCUCACUUUGAGGCAACUACCAGCUGCUUAUACUCAUCUUGUCAACUCUUCCGUGAGGGGGUUUUACAGGAUAGGAACGGUGUUUGGUCAUCUUGUAACACCUCUCUCUACAUCUCCUGACAUCGACAAUUCCAUAAUUGCCCUUCUUGAAACCUUUUGGCCUAUGCUUGAAAAAUUCUUUCAGUCGGAGCACAUUGAGAACACAAGCUUAUCCAUGGCAGCAUGCAGAGCUCUCUCACAGGCAAUCAAAUCCGCAGGUCAUCACUUUGUGACACUGUUGCCCAAAAUCUUAGAUUACCUAUCAACAAAUUUUGCAUCAUUUCAAACUCAUGAGUGCUACAUUAAAGCAGCUUGUAUUGUGAUUGAAGAAUUUGGUAACAAGGAGGAAUAUGGAGCUUUAUUUAUGAGUACGCUUGAAAGAUUUACACAUGCAUCAUCUGUAAUGGCGAUAAAUUCUUCUUAUGUGUGCGAUCAAGAGCCUGAUCUUGUGGAGGCUUAUUGUAGUUUCACAUCAAUCUUUCUUUGCACCUGUCCAAAGGAAGUAGUAGCUUCUUCUGGUCCUCUUCUUGAAGUUUCACUUCAGAAAGCAGCCAUAUGCUGUACAGCUAUGCAUCGUGGAGCAGCACUUGCAGCAAUGUCAUAUAUGUCUUGUUUUCUUGAGUUUGGGGUGACUUCAUUGCUGGAAUCGGUGACAUCCAACUCUGCAUCCAUGGUGGUUCAAGUAAUAUCUCAUAGCGGGGAAGGGAUUGUAUCAAAUGUUGUGUAUGCCUUACUUGGUGUUUCCGCAAUGUCAAGGGUUCACAAAUCUGCAACUAUCUUGCAACAGUUGGCGGCCGUAUGCAGUUUUAGUGAAAAAACAAAAUGGAAUUCUCUUCUCUCUUGGGAUUCUUUACGUGGAUGGCUACAUUCUGCGGUGCGGAGUCUACCAGGUGAGUAUUUAAGGCAUGGGGAAGCGGAAUCUUUGGCACCUGUAUGGCUAAAGGCUCUGGGUGAUGCAGCAUUUGAUUAUGUGGAAAGCAGAACCAGUGAUGGAGACAAGAAUCAUAAACAUAUGAGGGGAAAGGGUGGAAGAUUUCUCAAGUCUUUAUUUCGUGAAUUUGUUGAUAGUCAUCGAAACAUUGGAACCUGAUGAUAUUUUUGCUGCAAUUCCAUCUUGCAUUUGCAUUUGGGCAUUCUGGUAUUGCUGUAUCAUUAGUUUACGAUCAAAUAAUCUGUAUUUUUGUACCCAAAUUUUGUAUUUCUAAUUCAUCUAUUUUUGCUUUGGCAUCUACCUUGCUGACAAGGUGAUGAAAGUAAACAAGGUAAUGAUUGACAUGUAUAUUUUCUUGCUUAAACUUCAAUAAAUUUCAUGUAAUAUCCCUAAA